ACUGACCGGAAGAGGUAAGCCCGGAUGUUGACUAUCGGCAAGAUAAUUCAAGGUAUAGUCGAAGUUUACUCCAGUCUCGAAUUGACAAGCCAAGAGAAAACUUGACCUUUAUUUUCACCGAAAGUAAAAAAAAUGUAGACAAAUUUUACAAACAAAAUUUUUUAAAACUAAAUUUGCACCCAAUCAUAAUGGAAAAUAAGGGAAAAUCAACAGAGUGGGCUUUACUUUUUCCCCUAAAGGCCGGACUUUUUGCAAUGAAAACAUCAAUUUCGCCACGAAACAUUUCCCCACGUGAAAAGGAGAAAUUCCCCAAAGAAAAGUAUGGCCAACGAGUGAGAAUUCGACGAGGUUCAUCGUUAUCGGAUUUAGAUAAGCUUAUACAAAAUAAAUCGACACUACCCGAUGUGGUGAGAUCAACAACGGAAAAAGGAUCUGAAUCAUUGCCUCAUUCGCCAGCAUUUUCAAGGACAAAUUUACAACUUGGAAGUCCACAAGUUCGAGGGAGUAUUGGUGAUUUGAUGAAUCUUAAAAAAUAUGGUGGAUCAACUUGGAGUGUUAGGAGUGAAACUUUAAUUGCUCGAGUUGUGCCACUCAGUACAGUGACUCCAAAACAAAGUUCGCCCGUUGAAAGGGAUGAGGAAGAUUUUCUCGACGACUUUCUCGAAUAUCAAACAGCCGGUGAACCCUUGACUUGUGCACAGAGAACAGUGAGACUAAGCAAACUUAUUAAAAAACAACGCAGACAAUCCAGAGUACUUAGUCCUCAUGCAUUACUUAAGCAAAUCAAGGAAUCUGUUCAAGGAGUGAGUAAAAAACAAAAACAAUUCUGAAAUAAAUGAAUUUCUCAGUUUUAUGUUAUGUUGGAGAAGGUGAGUUUUUACUUUAUAUUUGCAAAAUGCUUUGUCGCCUACAUGAUUUAUUAAUUCAUGUACUUAAAUUGUUGGUGUUUGACAAACACCACCUAUGUAGAAAAAUUUUACGCUCGCUCUUGAAUGACUCUUAAAAAUAAUGGCACAAUAUAACCAACCAUUUGAAACAGAAAUACUUUAUGUUACAGUAUGUUAAGACCUUAAGUACAUAAAGUAUCUUAAAUUUAUACUCAGGAAAGAAAUUUUU